GAGACGCUCCUGUCGUUACCAUGGAUACUAUAAACUUACCACCGUGAGAGCUCUCGUGCAAUUUUACACACCAACGAAAACGGCUGUUAAAUCCACAAAAUACACAAUUCCCACUGCUAACAUCUUGUGCAGAGGAGGAAAUCUUUUUAAAAAAAAUAAAAAAUAUCAAGACUGGAAAUGUCUUAUACCGGGAACAGCCACGGACUACCAUUUUUACCGGGAUAUACAUUUCGAGAUGUGACGAAGUCAGCCUUCCAUCGACCCCAAACUCUGAGCUAUAGGAAUGGCUAUGCUCUGCCCCGACGUCCCACUGUGGGCAUUGGCAACGACCCUCUUUUAUCAGAGCAGCUCACUCAACAAGAGAUUAGUGAGUUAGCCUUCGAGACACCUGACCUUACUUAUUGCGCCUUUGGUAAAAGAGUACAUGAAGACUUCAUCCCUGCUCAUGUGGCCCUUGACAAGAAGGCGCUGCGCUACUAUGGAUAUUUUAUGGAGGCUAUCUUGUAUUCUCCUGAAGAGCAGUACCGUGUGCGCCCUGUGGUAAUUUACUAUUACCUAGAGGAUGACAGCAUUUGCAUCAUCGAGCCCACAGUAGAGAACUCUGGGAUACCACAGGGAAAGCGGAUCAAACGCCACCAGUUGCCCAAGAAUGAACGUGGAGAGCAUUACCAUUGGAAAGAUCUCAACCUUGGUAUGGACCUGGACGUGUAUGGGGUCAAAUACCGCAUCACCCAGUGUGAUACCUUUACUAAGGAAUUCAUGGAAAGUGAAGGCAUGAUUGUAAAUGACCCUGAGCCAAUGCCAGCGGAUCCUUACAUCAUCCGUCGUGAAAACCCUCCACCGUGUCACACUACACCUUCCACAUUUGAUAAUUUGCACAAGUUUCUCAACAUGGACCGCAAGGUGUUACGCUUCUUCACUCUGUGGGAUGAUGCUGACUCUCUGUAUGGGGAGUCCAGGCCUGUUACCAUUCACUAUUACCUGGUGGAUGAUACAGUGGAGGUCGCAGAGGUCCACCAACCGAACAGCGGCCUGGAUCCCUUCCCCAUCCUGAUGCGGAGGCAGAGACUACCCAAAAAGAUCAAAUCAGAGAACUUCCCCAGCGCAGUGAUGGAGGUCUCAAAGCAAGAGGUGGAUGAGUAUUACUCCCCAAAAGACUUCCAGGUGGGUCAAAGGAUGAAACUACUGGGGCGCAACUUCCUGCUUUAUGACUGUGAUGGCUUCACUAAAGAAUAUUACCAGAAGAACCACCCGGAAAUGGAGAUGAAGUCCAUAGAGAUACCAAAGAAGGUUGAUAUGCCUCAAGACUGGAAGAAGACAGUUCCUCCCUACAAUGGUUUUGGUUCACUUGAGGAUUCUCUUCAGAAUUGUUUGCGUCUGAUUCCCGAGCCUCCCAAAGUGAGCGUGGUAAAGAUGCUAGAGAACGACCAUAAAGUGUUGCGCUACAGUGCCAGACUGGACUCCCAGAAUCCUGAAGAUGAAGACCGCCGUUUCAUCCUGUCCUACUUCCUGUCCAAUGACAUGAUCAGCAUUUUUGAAAAGACCACACGCAACUCUGGUGUCAUUGGUGGAAAAUUUCUGGAAAAGUCCCGUGUCCCCAAGCCGGGCUCUACUGUAGACAAACCUGCGUACUACUCACCUGCAGACUUCGCUAUCGGGGCCACUGUGGAAGUUUUUGGUCACCGCUUUGUGUUGACUGAUGCCGACCACUAUGUGCUCAAAUACUUGGAGUCUAACUGGAGUGACAUCCCUUCCAAGACGCUGGAUUCUUUGCGGCACAAGCUGGGUGUGGAAAUUCUAACUACCCAGCCACCUGACCAAGAUGGGAAAGACUAUACCAGCCAUUUAGACUAAAUUAUUUGUCAAUGAUACCUUUGUGCAGGUGAAGCAACAGAGCAGUUUCUUUGAUGUGAAGACAUUCCUUAUUUCAGAGUUCUUCUUCUGCAAUAAAUCUACUGUAAAUCAAA